AUGAAAUCUAAUAAUCUAGGAAGACCAUCGAAAAAUAUAUUUGAGCUAGAAAAGCAUUACAGAUCCAAAAAAAGCAAGAAAGAGCGACAGCAAAAGUCACGCCACCAGUUUUGACUUCAAACAAUUUUCUGAAUCUUGUAUAAAGUGAUUUUAAAUUGCGAUCGCGAUGCAAGAUUUAUUUACUUUUAUGAAAGCCUUAACAAUAAAAUAGUAAAUACUAUAGAAUGAGGAGAAAUUUCCGUGUCAGAAUAUAUAAACAAUUUUUUCCAAAUUGUUAGGGUAAAAGGCAAUGUUACGAUUGAAAGAAUUGAAUCCUUGAGAUCAGGCAUCGAUGAUAAUUUUAAUUUUCAAGAAGAAGUUAUGGAGCCUUUUACAAAAUGCCUUGUAGGAGAUGGUCAAAACGUGGAUGAAAUCUUUUUAGAAACUCUUUUUGAUGUAGAAUUAGUAAUUGAUAUAGAUCGCAAGAUAAGAGGAGAAAUACACUAUUAUAUGGUUAAAUGCCAUUCAUUAGCUGGAACUAAUAUAGAAGAUUAUUAUGAUAAAGAAAUUGAAAAGCUAGUUCAAAAAAUACAGAUAAUAGAGCAGGAAAAGAAAAAUGCUCCAACUAUUGAUAAAACUGCUGAUUCAUCAAAUUUAGAGGAAACAAAAGAUGAGUCCACAUGUUCAGUACCUUGACAAGUAAAGUCACAAAGAAAGAUAAAAGGGAGUAAAGCUGUUGAAUACCCUCUUAAUACUGAAGAGCUGUCCAGUGAUUUAGGUAUAAAACAUACGGAACAACCGGUAGAUUUUGUGGAAAAUUACGAAUGCAAUGAUCCUCAGGAUUCUGAUAGCUCAGAUCUAAGUGGUGCUCCCCAGUACCAACAAAUAAGAACAUUAUCACCUGAAAAAAAUAGUGAGUCUUCUGUACAAUUUGUGAGCAAAUAUGAGCAAGAAGAAUGCAUUGAUGCAAAUUGGGAUAAUCUAUUUAGAAAUUAUCCAAAUGAAUUUCCACCAGGCAAUAAUCAAAAUGUGAGAGAAACAGAGAGAUCAGAAGAAAAUAAUCGCAUGGAAAUUUGUAAUUACUCGAUUAGCAAUUCUCAAAUAGCUCCUCCUACAGAACAAAUAUUAAAUUUUAAGCAAACAACGGAUUUGCCGUCAAAUGAAGCUAAUGGAUCUUUUAGUGGAAAGCAAGAUUCAAUGGAGCUUGUGCCACAAGAAGUAAUUCAUAUACAAACUGACGCUAACCAGCAAAGCAUCGAUUUGCCUAUGGAUACUUACAGUGAAUUGGGAUUGGAGAGUAUUAACUCAGAUUCGAAUGGCAAUACUCAUAUUCAACAAUUUCAGCCAGAGGAAUAUAAUCAUGUAUCCAGCGAGCCAGAUAAAAUGGAUAUGGAUGAAAAACUUGACUCCGAUUUCAAUAAGUAUAGUACUCAAGCAAGCAUAAAUGAAGGCAAUCGUGAAUGUUUAUCACAUUCAUUUGAGUCAGAACUUUUUGAUGAAAUCGGAUAUUCUUUAAACCUUAACUAA